AUGAGUUCCGGGAGGCUCCACAUCAAAAGAAAACGAGUUUGCGCGAGGAAAAGAUCGCGUGACGUUCUGAAGACUCAUUUGACACCUGACCGAAAGCAAGGCAGAGGAGCAGGAGACGGAUCACCGCCAUGCCCCCCCUGCAGGAGCAGCAGCAGCAGCAUGGCAGAAGGUCGAGUCGUGGAGUACUGUGGUGACAGCGAAGAUCUGUUCGGUGACUAUGACAGCAUCCUUGAGGACAGCUCCAUCCUUGCAAAGUUGGAAGAUGCAGAACAACACGAAAUACUGCAAUCAGAGAACCUGCAGAGUUUCAGGACUCUGCAACCUUCCAAAGAUCUCACGUCGCAAUCCCCCGAAGACCGUCGCACUGACUCUAUGUUUGAUGAGCUGGAAGACAAAGCUUUUGAGGAACUACCACCCAGUCAGCUGCAGUUUCAGGAACAAAUCCAAGAUCAGGCAAAGAGAAGCAGACUGCAGGCCACAGACAAAAUCUCCACACCUUCUCACAGUGUCAGCGAGAUCAUUGAAGGAGCAGAAGAAACAAACGCAGAGGAUAGAUCCAAGAGACAGAGGAGGAGUGUGGCAGAUCAACUCAAGAAGACAAUGCUUGGAAAUGCAGCAACUCCUGUGGGUGUUUCUCGGACCGCAGCGCUGAAGGAGGCUGUUGUUUCCGAGGAGAUCAGUGUUGCCAUGCAGGCCAUGGAAGCAAUAUGUGCUGAGACCACCGACCUCGGGCCUUUCUUUGGACUCCCCAGCAAAGUCAAAGAGCUAAUGCACAAGCUAAGAGGCAUCCAGAGUUUAUACGACUGGCAGAAGACCUGUCUGAACCUGGACUGUGUUCAGCAGAGGAAGAACCUGAUCUACUCCCUCCCCACCAGCGGAGGGAAGACUCUGGUGGCAGAGAUCCUCAUCCUCAGAGAGCUGCUGUGCAGGAGGAAGGACUGUUUGUUCAUCUUACCGUACAUAUCACUGGUGCAGGAGAAGGUGCGUGGACUAGCGAGCUUUGGCCUGGAGCUGGACUUCAUGGUGGAAGAAUAUGCUGGCAGCAAGGGCAAGUUUCCACCUGUGAAGAGAAGAAACAAGAGAUCCCUGUACAUUGCCACGAUAGAGAAGGCCCACAGCCUGGUCAACUCGCUGAUAGAAACCAGCAGGCUGGAGAAGCUCGGGCUGGUGGUGGUUGAUGAGCUUCACAUGCUGGGUGAUGGCAGCAGAGGGGCUGUGAUUGAAAUGACUCUGGCUAAGGUUCAGUACAUGAGCAAAGCCACCCAGAUUAUUGGAAUGAGUGCCACCCUGGGGAACAUCAAGGAUCUGCGGACGUUUCUGGGGGCAGAAAAUUACACAAAUGACUUCAGGCCUGUUCAGCUGAAAGAAUAUGUCAAACUAAACGACACGAUCUAUGAAGUUGACCCCAAAGAAGAGAACUGCUUCAGAUUCUCUCGGAUGCUUAACUUCAAAUACUCGAGCUCGAUGCAGAAGAUUGACCCAGAUCAUAUCAUUGCUCUGGUGACCGAAGUCAUCCCAAUGCAUUCCUGUUUGGUCUUCUGUCCUACCAAGAAAAACUGUGAGAAUGUGACAGGGAUGAUCUGCAAGUAUUUAAAAGAAGACUUUCUGCAGCACCGUGAGACUGAGAAGGCCAGCCUUCUUCAGGAGCUGAAGGACAGUGGGAACGGCUCCAUGUGUCCAGUGCUGAGGAGAACCGUGCCCUAUGGUGUGGCCUACCACCACAGUGGGCUGACCUCGGAGGAGAGGAAACUGGUCGAGGAGGCCUACUCCAGGGGUGUGCUGUGCCUCCUCACCUGCACCUCCACUCUGGCAGCAGGGAUCAACCUACCUGCCCGCAGGGUAAUCCUGCGCUCCCCUUACAUGGCCACAGACUUCCUGAAGAGGAGUCAGUACAAACAGAUGGUUGGCAGAGCCGGUCGAGCUGGGAUUGACGCGAUCGGAGAGAGCAUCCUCAUCCUACAGGAGAAGGACAGGAACAUGGCCAAAGACCUUGUAUGCGCUCCCAUGGAGAACUGUUAUAGCAAGCUGAUGCAAGAAGAUGGGAAAGGCAUCCUCAGUCUGAUCCUGUCACUGAUUGGAUUAAAUAUCACCUCAUCGCUGCAACAGAUGGAGGAGUUCCUGCGUGGGACGCUGCUGUUUGUGCAGCAGCAGCAGCUGUGUGUGGACAGGAGUCUGUGGGACACCAUGCAGCGGUGUGUUGACAUGCUGAAGGAGAAAGACCUUAUCACCAUCACGGGGACAGACUCACUCAGCCCCACACUGCAGAUCACCAGACUGGGCAGGGCAACUUACAAAGGUUCAGUGGAUCUGACCUACUGUGACCUUGUAUACAAAGACCUGUCUAAGGGUCUGGAGGGGCUGCUGCUCAACAGCUACCUGCACCUGGUCUACCUGGUGACCCCCUACGACCUGAUCCCUCAGUGCAACCCUGACUGGAUGGUUUAUUUCAGACAGUUCACCCUGCUGUCUGCUUCAGAGCAGAAGAUGUCUGCUGCUGUUGGCGUCCCAGAGAGCUUUGUAGCCAGAAAAGCUGCAGGACAGACGGUUAAGAAGGACAUGGACCUGGUGGUGGUGAAGCGGAUGUUCCUCGCUCUUGUCCUUUUCUCUUUGCUGAAGGAGACCAACGUGUGGAGCGUAGCUGAGAGGUUCCAGCUGAGCAGAGGCUUCGUGCAGACCCUGCUCAGCUCUGCUUCGGCCUUCUGCUCCUGUGUGCUGCACUUCACCGAGGAGCUGGAGGAGUUCUGGCCAUAUAAAGCUCUGCUGAUGGAGCUGACCCGACGUCUGAGUUAUUGUGUGAAGGCUGAGCUCAUUCCUCUGAUGGAGGUGGCAGGAGUUCUGGAGUUCAGAGCAAAACAGCUGUACAACGCUGGCUACAAGACGCUGACCCACCUGGCCAACGCUGACCCAGCUGUCCUCUGCAGAACCAUAGAAAACCUGUUCAAGAAGCAAGCCCACCUGAUGGUGGCCUCAGCUAAAAUGACGUCUGUCUGUCUUCCAGAUGCUUCUCAAUGAGAAGGCUGCAGCUCUUCAGGAGGAAGUGGAGGAGCUGCUGACUCUGCCUGCAGACCUGCCUCCGCAGCUUUAAACCCACGGACAUCUCACUAGGCACUCAACUUCUUUCCUUCUCGUCUGUUGCAGAUGUUUAUAUUUAAUGUCAAGUUUUUAUUAUUAAAAUAUUGUACAAUA